GGGAGCGGCUCGGGAAGGCGGGGUCCGGCCAGCCCCCAGGGCUCGCGCGCCAAGUUCCGACCCUUGCGAGGCGCCUCUGACCUGCAGGCGGCCGUGGCUGCCAGCGCGUCCCCAGCGCGUCCCCAGUGCCCAGCGCCGCAGGAGAGCCGAGAGCCCUGCAGUCCAGGCACUAGGGGAGCCCUUUGAUCUCACGGCCCCUCCCCAGGCCAAGCCCUCCAGAGCCCCAAAGCCUCAGAGACUGACAGCUGCUGGAACAGCCACACUGCUCAGCUGGCCCUUCAGUCCCCAUGGCGUCCGGGAAGGGAGCCCUGCGGAGCCCUUCAGCUGAAAACAGAUGGCAGCUUAGUGAACCUGAGCAGGGCUGGGGCCGCAAGCCAGUGCUGCUGGAGAAAGCAAACCACCUGGGCUCUGAGGCAGCCCCGGACAGUGGUGGCCAGGAUGAGGCCUGUGCGGAGAUGGUGCUGUCAGCAGCCCCGGGCAAGCCCAGGCUGGGAAAGUUGAUGCCCCGGAAGGCUUGCUGGGAACAGGGGCAGAGCGCCUUCACGGAGGUGCCUCAGCUCAAGAAGAGGCUGGGGGGCGGGCAGGCCCGGGAGAAGGAACACAGUGGCCCUGCAGGCCAGCCUGAUCCCCAGCAGAUGACCCAGGACGUCCCCAGGGACCCAGCUGGUAGCACCUUCUCUUUGUGGCCCAGUGGGGCUCGAGGGGAGCAGAGAAGCGCCUUCAGCAAGCCGGCCAGGUGUCCGACAGGGAGACAGGGGCCAGCCUCUGUCUUCCGGGCAGGCGGAACUGCAGACACCCUGGGGGAGCUGUUGGGACUCAUCAACACAGUAGAUGUCACUUGCUGGGGUCGACUUUCCAAUUCCAAGCUUUUGGUGGGUGAUUUCUGGAACCUGCAAACUGUGCCACAAAAUGCUCCUCUCUGUGGCACUUUCCUGGGUGCUCCCACACUGUGGCUCAAGCACACCACUGCCCAGAUGCCCACACCCUCGUCCUCCUCCUCCACAGCCUCCUGGGCCCUGCUGCCACCCACCUUCACCUCUCUGGGCCUGUCCACCCAGAACUGGUGCGCCAAGUGCAACCUCUCCUUUCGCCUGACCUCUGACCUGGUCUUCCACAUGCGGUCCCACCAUAAAAAGGAGCAAGCGGGACCUGACCUACAUUCUAAGAAGCUGAGAGAAGAGGCCCUCACAUGCCCCAUUUGCCACGAGUACUUCCGGGAGCGCCACCAUCUCUCCAGGCACAUGACUUCUCACAGUUAGCAGGUGGUUUGGGACAAACCUCUAGAUGUGAUGUCAGGCACUUGGCCAUGAGGCAGAGAUGGCUCACAGAGCCUUCCUUUGAAAAGGCUGGUUACAGCUGUCCUCAGGGCUGUCUCCUUGGGCAUUUGAGUAUGAACCACUCAGUCAUAAUUUGAAAAUUACCACCAGCCACCGUGAUGUGUUUUAAAGGAUAUAAAGUCAUGAAAUGAUGCAUUUUGCUAAUUGCAGGGUGUGGUGUUGAAUAGGCACAAAAGUAUUUCUGAUGUGCUCUGAAGCGGAAAUGCUGCUUCUGUCACCAUUCUUUUUGCUCCACGUGGAAGCAUAUUAGACUCCAGCAUGGGCUUUGGAGGCAGACAGACCUGGAUUGGAGUCUUGGCCCUUUCACAUACUAGCCCUGACCUUGGACAAAUUAUUCUGAGUACAGCUUUUGUAUCUGUAAAAUGGAAAUAAUGACACAUGUGUCUAAAGGAUGUUGUCAGGGUUUGGAGGAAGAUAAGUGGGAAAUGACCAGCACGUGCCUGGUAGUGUCAUUGCUGAGUAAAUGGUACUUAUAAUCACGGUCCAGAUUAGUCAACUAUUGUUAAGUGACAAAAUCUCAGUGGCAAACAACACAGAGCCCCUGUUUCUCAGUUGUGGGUCUGUGGGUUGGCUGGGGUCAAGCUGGGCUUGGCUUGGCUUGGCUCCAAAUUGCACUUUUUCUUGGAUUGAUGACCUACCCGGUCAUGCGUCUUUCAUGGUUGUGCCAAGAGCACAGUGGGGCAAGUACAGAUACACCAGCACAUCUCAAGCCUCUGCUUGGGUCAAUUUUGCCGACAUCCCCUUGGCCAAUGCAGGCCAAUGGCGAAGCCCAAAGUUACGGAGUGAGAUAUACUUACUGACCACAGGGAGGUCAUGAGUGAGUGUAUAAUCCUGCUGCAGUGGUGUCAGAAUUGGGACCAAUAAUUCAACCAACACCUGGCCCAUGGAUUUCUGAAUGCAUCAAAAUGGAAAAAUGGAACACACACACACACACACACACACACACACACACACACACACACACACACACACACACACACCCCUCUGCUCUCAGGAAGUAAGCAUGCACAAAACUUUAAGGCUUAAAACUUUGAGAGGACUGGGAAAGUUCUGGAUACCGUUUAUGAUGUAAUGCAUGUUGAGUUUCAGUACCUAUGCUGUUUAUCCACAUUUGUCUUUGUUCUUAAUAAUGCAAACCCCAGGUCAUAAGCUGCUGUAACACAAGCCAGUUUGUGUGAAAACCGUCUGUUGGGAUUUCUGUGGAGCUAGUACAGUUCUUUUCACUGGUUUCCAUGUCACUUUCAGGAUUUGUUCAUUUGACCUGCAGUUUCCAUCUCCUGCAGUGGGCGUCUGUCACAGAGCUCAGGCUUGUGAAUGGGAAGGAGCUGGUGGAGGUCUCAGCAAGCCAGCCAGCCACCCAAACUCUCCCAGAUUCCACCUCUUCUCUCCAUCUCCUCAGCUCCCACCUCGUCCGAGGCAGCAGCAUGUUCCACCUGGCCCACUCUGCCCCCAUCCCUCUCUCUUUUGUUCCCCCACCUCCUACCACAGGCCCACCCAUUCUCCAUAGCCAGUGGUAUAUUCAUUCAUGUAUCAGUCUCCCUGGGCACCUGUGCUCUGCCAGAUUCUGUGCCAGUCCCUGGUGAGGGCGCAGUGUACUCUACCCAUAGUCCUUGUUCAGGGUGUAGAUGAUUAGGAUGCAGAGUGACAGGUGCAGAGCAGAGGCCUCUUCUGGGGGGCUGGGUGCAUCAAGGGGCGUGUCCAAGUCAGACCUGUGGGUAGGGGAGUGGGUACCCUUGGAGGCCUCCUGAAGAGCGGGGGCAUGAGCUGAGCCUCAAAGUCCAGCAGGCACUGCUGGGUGUUCUGAUGGGGAUGGCUGGGCUGGGGAGAAGGGUGGUUCCAAGGUGUCUGAGGAUGCUGUGAGGGCUAGGUGGGGCGGACUGAGUGGGGAGGCGGCCUCUGAGAUGACUUAGAAGGGCCUUGAAGGAAGGGAGUUUGGACCAGGGCACCUGGGGGCUGGUUCCCAGAGGCCCUUCUUAGGGACCUCUGGCUAUAGCAGGAAAGGUGGGCUGGAGGGGAGGAGAUGGACCCCCUUAGCCAAUUUCCUCUGCUGAAAGGAAGCAGCAGUGCUCUGUGGAGUCACCAAGGAAGGACUCCCAUUUCUAUAGGGAGGCUUUGAGGACCAUCCUUCCUGAGGGAGGUGAGUGGCACUGCAUGCUGGGCCCCUUUGGGAGCUGCGUGGGGCUAGAACUUGUCCACAGAGAGGCUGUGCCCAGAAGGGGGCUGAAGCUUCUGUGUGUGUCAGGGAUUGGGGGGGGGGGUUCUCCCUCUUCUGCUGUCCCCUGUGGGGCAGGAAAGGGCACCUCACGAAGUUUGCACCUGAGACUCCACACUGUGAACUGAUGUAUAUUAUGUCAUUUAAUCUGUUUGAUGAGCCCAGGAGGUAGAUAUUUAAUUUCCAUUAUACUGCAGAAGAAACAGCCCCAAGAGGUCAACUGACUUUCCUAAGACCAUGAGUUCAGGAGAAGCACUGCCAAAUAAGACCCUAGGACCACCCCACACUGUGUUCACGUCCUUCCCGACCUGUCAUGUGUCUGCUCAGUCCAGCCUGGUCACAUGGGUUAGUCUCAUGGUUGAAAAACUGGAACUUAGGGCCAAGCAUUGAGUCUUUUGUCUAAAAUUUCAACUUGUACCCUGCCCCUGUUUUCUACUGCCUGUCUCUUGAGCACUUUUCACUAUCUUGCAUGCUGUUAUUUUCCUACUUUGUCUUGUUGAUUGUCUCCCAUUCUGCAAAGGAUUUUUGCUGUUUUGUUCACUGCUGUGUCCCCAGGAGUGAGAACAAUGUAGGCAAGUAGCAAGUGUUCAACAGACCUUUGUUGAAGGAUCAGUGGUAUGCCUGGUUCUGGCCUCACUCCUGACAAAUCAGCUUCUCACGAGGGUUUUGACAUCAGUUAAACCAUGUGCACAGCUAUAUCCUCUAACUCGUUGGAUGACUCCAUAAUUUUUUCGAAAUCAGUUUGACAGGCACGAGUGCACUCUACCAAAAGACAGUAGAAAUUUAGAAUUGAAAGAAGUUCUAUUCUCAGUCUGCCCCUUGCUUCAAAGCGGUGAGCACUGAGGUCCAUGAUGAACUGAUGUGCAAAGUAAUGCAGGUUAAGAGGUGAUGAGGUCAAGGCUAGGACCCCUGAGAUGUCUAGACUGGUGUUUCUUCCCUGGCCUGCCUGCACUCCUCUGGGAACCUCAGUUAUGGCUGCAAACAGAAUGAUUACUAAUAGUGACUAUGUUAUUCAUAAGCAAGAGUGACAUUUAAAAAAAAUAAAGUUAAUUUUAUGAAUACGCACAAGAAAACAUUUUCUUCCCAUUCAGCUUCUUAAGAUGGAGUUCAUUUUGGUAAAAAUUGAUGUAGAUGCAAGUUGCUUUGCAGUCCUUCAGAUGGACAAGAUGACUCAUGGACAUGAUGACUUAACAUUGAUUAAUGUGGCAGUUCCUACUUGUCACCAGGCUGAGUUUCCAAAGUCCCCAUGGCAGUUGAAGCCUGUCUCAUCCCUUUUCUCUCCUGCCUGCUCUAUCAACUGGAGAGCAGUCACUUUUAAUCAUGACUCUACCAGUAUUUUCUCUGCCACCUUCCAUCCCAGUUAAGGGUUGGCGCGUGAUGUUGCCACAAAAUAUCACAUCAGCAAGUCUGACUUUUACUCAACAAUUCUGGAGUAAGAGUUGCUACAUCUCUUAUAUUGUCUACAUCUGCUCUGUACCCCAGCCCUGUUCUGUUAGGAGAGGCAAUCUGUCUUUUAAAAAUUCCUCCUCUGGUUCACCAGUUCACAGAAAGUUCCCCAGUACCUCUCACCUAAGAAUGUUCUCUCAGCAUCAUUCAGGAUCCCCAUGUGGCAUUGGUAUUUUUGCCUCUGUUCUCCCAAUGUGCUCUGGAUCUUCUCCCAGGAUCUCAGCCCUUGUGGUUUUCUGGCAAUGCCAUCAUUAGGCAAGCAACACAGAAGCCACUGAGCUAAUAAACAGAAAGUCUUGGCUUGCUUCUUGGACAAUAGAAGGGAAAAUACAUAUAGUGGCUGAAAAAAUAGCAAAGUAUACCUUAAUAUAUGAUCUUCCAGGCAGCAACCAUCCAAUUAAUAUUUAUAAAAGUCCGCCAAGUAUUCUAAGGAGGCUACAAUAAGACAUUCUGCAUUUAGAUCCAUUUUAGUUCUCCAUUUGAACCAAGAUACGCUUUUUUUUCUGCUUUUAUCUGUAAGAGAAGUAAAACAAACUCAGUGACCUAGAUAUCAACUUCUGGCCAAUUCCUUAACCUUAGACCAGGGAUUCUACUCAAAUGACUAUAUAACUAGGGUAAUGAAAGGGAGUGAAGCCCAGUGGGCUGAGGGGUGGGGAAGGGGUGGAAGAAGAGGUAGGGGUGGUCCUGACACCUGGAGCUCAUGUGAAGGCUUCCCAGUGCUAGGCCAAAUGCAGGCCUUGGAGGCCAGAGAUCAGGACUCUAUGUAGAAUUAGUGAUCACUUAUUCGGUUGUCUUUUAUUUUUUUUUAAUUUUUUUUUCAUUUUUUAAAAAAUUUUAUUUUUUUUUUCUGCUGUACAGCACGGGGACCAAGCUACACUUACAUGUAUACAUUUUUUCCCACUCUUUUUUCUGUUGUGAUGUAAGUAUCUAGACAUAGUUCUCAAUGCUACUCAGCAGGAUCUCAUUGUAAAUCCGUUCCAAGAGCAAUAGUUUGCAUCCGAUAACCCCAAGCUCCCGAUCCCUCCCACUCCCUCCCUCUCCCCCCGGGCAGCCACAAGUCUGUUCUCCAAGUCCAUGAUUUUCUUUUCUGUGGAAAUGUUCAUUUGUGCUGUAUAUUUGAUUCCAGCUAUAAGUGAUAUCAUAUGGUAUUUGAGUCUUUCUGACUUAUUUCACUCAGUAUGAGAGUCUCUAGUUCCAUCCAUAUUGCUGUAAAUGGCAUUAUGUUGUCUUUUUAAAAGCUGAUGGCCAGAAUGGCAUGGCCAUUAGUGGCGGUGGUGAUGGGGAGGCACAGGAACCACUGGCUGGAGACCCCUAACUGUGGUGGUCCCAGCCUCUGAACUAGCUGGGUGCUGGGCGUGGCUCUGAUAACUCAACCUAUCACCCUAUUCCUCUGGGCACAGAGAGAAGGCCCUGCAUAGGGGUGAAAGUCAACAGGAGUUCUCCCAAGGUGAACCUUGCAUCCUUCCUUUUCUUGGUAGGUGCUGGCUCCCCCUGGUGGCAGAAGCCCCCCCUGCAGGCUCCAUCUCUUGGGAGAAGAGUUUUUAGAUACCCUGCCUAUACUAAAAUUUGUUUUUGUUUUUUGUGAUAGACAUCAUUUGCAAGGUCUAAAGAGCAUAGAGCAAGAUAUAAAUCCAUAACAUAAAACUGUUAUUUUAAAAACAAACUAUUCUCCAAUGAAUUUUGAUUUGUGUCACAUCCUAGAAGAGAAUUUUUGGAAAAGUUUUGAAUGGAAGCUGGAGAGGCCAUGCAUUCUGGAAGGAGGGUCAAGCUUCUUUAAAUUUAACUUUUUCUUCCCCAGCCAUCUCGUGUUUUCCUGGAGUGGGAGACAGGAAGCCAGUGGCCUCUGAUACACUUGCUAUUCUAAUCUGCUUGGAUUAGGAAGCUAUUUUCACUGCCAGCCACCUGAUCUGCAAGGUAGCAAGGAGG